GUAAAGCAACCAUGGAUUCUACAACAUCUCUUCCAAACAAUGUGUUGUUGAAAAAGGCAAGACCGAGCAAGAUCUUCGCCGUUACUUCAGCCAACGCUUUGAAUGUCAAAACGGAGCCGGUGAUUUUUGUGAAGUCGGAUGAUUUGAAUCAAGCGAAUACACCACUGACUGGCUCAAAGUUUGGGACACAUCUCGCAUGCAUCCGCACAAGCUGUCUUCAUCGUACUGUAAAUGCUAGCAACUACUCUACAAUGAGCGAUGGUGGUCUGUACACUAGCGACGAGCCGUGCAGCUCGGCCCAGGCUGAAUUCCGACUUGCUGCUCACUGGGAGAGCACGUUUACCCGUACUCGUGAAAUCCAUUGCGACACUGGAUACUCGUCGCAAAGCCCACCUGAAACAACCGUUUUCAUUCAAAAAUCUCGCUUUCCGGUAGCUGAAAAGCCUGGCACCCCGGAGUUGAAAAGUUUCGAGUCGAAGAAACUUGUGCAAAAGAAGUCAGGCAACGCAUCUACCCCAACCAGAAAAUUGGCAAGUGAAGAAAAGAAAGCUAAGAAUACAAGCAUGGGUCAAACGCCAUCCAAACUCAAAUCACCGAAAGCUUUGAAGAUGGUCAAGAAGGAGAAUGAGCCAGCGAUUCCACCAAAUCAUUUUGAAGGAAAGGUUUACGGAUACCUAGUGGACGAUAUGUCAGCUAUUGGAAUACAACCAAUUUUGGACAAAUACAACGAAGACCCGGAAAAGUUCUUCAAGCGAUUCGACUCGAAGCCGUGGUUCAGGAGGAAGGUGAUGCCUCUUCUGUUUGGCAAAAGCCACAAGUCACCGGCGGAUGUUGUCAAAACUCUUCGUGAGGUUCUUACCAUCCUGGACAAGCUGCCACCACCGAAGCUAGACAAGGAUGGUAACAUUCAAAGCGAUAAGAAAUACGACAAGGCGCUGGAUGAGGUUAGCAAGAACGUCGCUAUGAUCAAGUCAUUUAUCUAUGGCAACGACUCUGCCGAGCCAAGCAGCGAGCAUGUCGUCCAAGUCGCUCAACUUGCUCAGGAGGUGUACAACGCAAACAUUCUGCCGAUGCUCAUCAAGAUGCUGCCAAAGUUUGAGUUUGAGUGCAAGAAGGACGUCGGGCAGAUCUUCAACAACUUGCUUCGUCGCCAAAUUGGAACUCGAUCCCCAACUGUUGAAUAUCUGGGUGCUCGGCCUGAAAUUCUGAUCCAGCUGGUCCAAGGAUACUCUGUUCCGGAUAUUGCGCUCACGUGUGGACUUAUGCUCCGUGAAAGCAUUCGUCAUGAUCAUUUGGCAAAAAUCAUCCUCUAUUCAGAUGUCUUUUACACAUUCUUCCUAUAUGUGCAGAGUGAGGUGUUCGAUAUCUCAUCUGAUGCGUUUUCGACGUUCAAGGAACUCACUACAAGGCACAAAGCAAUUAUUGCUGAAUUCCUUGAUUCGAACUAUGAUACUUUCUUUGCUCAGUACCAAAACCUGCUCAAUUCGAAGAACUACGUGACGCGUCGUCAGUCGUUGAAACUGCUCGGCGAGCUUCUUCUCGACCGUCACAACUUUAACACAAUGACAAAGUACAUUUCGAAUCCGGAUAACCUGAGAUUGAUGAUGGAAUUGUUGAGAGAUAAGAGCAGAAACAUUCAAUAUGAGGCAUUCCAUGUGUUCAAGGUUUUUGUUGCGAAUCCAAACAAACCAAAGCCAAUCUCUGACAUUCUCAAUCGCAAUCGCGAAAAGCUGGUGGAGUUUCUCAGCGAAUUCCACAACGAUAGGACUGAUGAUGAGCAGUUUAACGACGAGAAGGCGUACUUGAUCAAGCAAAUUCAGGAAAUGAAAUCAUCUCCAAAAGAAGCGAAAAAGCCAAAGUCAAAGGAAGAUGAGAAUCAGGAACCCGCUGGACCAUCCGAGGGACCAUCCACUUCCCAAUGAGCUCUUUGAAACUUAAAUUAAAUUUUCUGCAAAAACAAAAACUUCUUGUGCAUAGGAUCCCGGUCUUGAUUAUUAUAUAAUCGCAAUCGCCAAUGUCAAUCGCAUUUAAUUGUUUAUUUUCUAGAAUAUAUUUUUUCAAAACUUUUUUUGGGUGUACAACUCUCCAGUUCAGUUCAAAAAUUUUCAAUUCUUGCUGUAUGGUGGAGUGUUGCAAAGAUUUUAGUUUGUUUUUUUUUUAAAUUUUGCCUCGAUACCUUCAGUCAUGUUCUUAAAACUUCCGUUCACACUUCGCUUAUUUUCAUUCACACCCACGCUACCAUUUUCCAAAGAUUAAAAUUCAACUGAUCCCCCACCCGAGUAGAUGUUCUAGAGAGCUGGUAUAGUCUAGAUGAUGUCUCCAAGAUGUGAUUUCUAGAAUUAACUUUGUUUGUAUUUCCAAUUUUCUAUUAUUUUGUCAUUUUUAUUUGAAAAUUUUCUUAACCACUCCCCCCCCCCCCCGUUACAUUACAUGUCGUAGGUUGAACAAGUGUUUCCUCCCGCAUAUCAGCUUGCUCAUUGAAACUUGGUGUUCCUUCAUUCAAUCCCGAUUCAAUUUUUUCUUGAGAACUGUCAUUUGUAUGAAACUGUCCUUGUAAAGUUGCAUUUUUCAUCCCCAACCUUGCGUUUUUGGUAUUCAUCUUUUUUUUUUUCUUGGCUACAUUGUCCGACUGUGUUUAAUUCGAAAUCCAAUAAAUGUGGAGA